AUUAAAAUACGCGCUUAUUUACAAGUUCUAGAAUUCAAUACUUUAAACUACUUGAUUCAAACGAUUUGAUCCACUACCAUUUCAUGUUUCUGAGUGUAGCUUGUCUGUUUUCUUUUCAGACUUUAGCAGAGAUUUAGAUAAAUACCCAUCAGAAGGAUUGAAAGAAACAGAAAACAAGCUUUAGUUCCUUACAGCCAGUAUGAUUCUUCUCUUGAUUUUCUUGAUUUUCUCAGCACCUGUCCAAGAAUCAAGAUUUGCAGCAGCCCAAGAUGAAUGCGAGCCCACAAGCUGCCAUGCCUCGGGCCCGGUUGUCCGCUUUCCUUUCCGAUUAAAGGGCCGCCAGCCAGAGCACUGCGGCUAUCCGGGCUUUGAUCUUUCUUGCAAUCCCAACAACAGCACGGAAUUUGAGUUCCAGUUCCCGGUUCGGGCCUCGACCCGGAACAUUGUCCUCUCAAUAUCAGCAAGAGCUACAGUUCAAGAAAUUGACUACAGAAGUCAGGUGAUUCGGGUCAGCUUAUUUAACGGAUCAUGCCUCCCCAGCCGGGUUCCUGAUGUCAACUCCCCUGCAUCUCCUUUUGAAAUGUAUUACAGCUACAGCCCGGGAACAGAUGGAUUCACACUUUUCAAUUGCUCGGGCAAGCCAGAAGACAACUAUUCAGACAGGGUCUCUUGUCUUGAUCAUGGAGGGUUCAGAGUGUACGCAUACCGAUCGUAUUAUUCGGUUACCGAAGCGUCGGUGUCUAGUUGUGUGAAGAUGUACAAUAUUUCUGAUAUCUCAGAGGUGAUUCUAUACGGGCCGAGAGAAUAUUCUGUUGAUAACACUCAGUUGUAUUGGUCCGAACCGUCUUGUGGUAGUUGUGAAGCGAGAGGAAUGUAUUGCAGGUCAAAGAACAACGGCCCGAACAAUGGAACUGAAUGCUUUGACAUUCCAAGAGUACCACCUGAACCGAAGAAAAAAGGUUUGUCGAAAAACGUAGUUAUUGCAGUGUUGGUGGUUAGUGUUUUCCUGACGGCGCUAGUGUUUGCCGCACUGUGUCGGGUCUAUACCGUGUGGAAGAGAAAACGACAGAACCAAAGAAGAAUUGAACAGUUCUUGGAGGAUUAUAAAGCUCUUAGGCCAACAAGAUACACUUUCUCGGAGAUCAAGAGAAUAACUGAUGAUUUUAAGCAGAAACUGGGCCGUGGAGGUUAUGGGACGGUGUACAAAGGGAAGCUCUCUUCCGACAUUCCUGUAGCCGUUAAAGUCCUCAACAACAUCAAAGGAGAUGGCCAAGAGUUCAUCAAUGAAGUGGGAACCAUUGGCAAGAUCCACCACGUCAACGUGGUUCGUCUAGUGGGAUACUGUGCUGAUGGAUACAGACGAGCUCUAGUCUACGAGUUCUUGGAAAACGACUCACUUGAGAAGUACAUUUCGUCGGGGAAGCAGAGCAGCACGCUUGGUUGGGAGAAGGUGCACAAGAUCGCUUUAGGUAUAGCCAAAGGGAUCGAUUAUCUUCACCAGGGCUGCAACCAGAGGAUCCUUCAUUUUGACAUUAAACCUCAUAACAUCUUACUAGACCACAAUCUCAACCCAAAAGUUGCAGAUUUUGGUUUAGCAAAACUGUGUUCCAAGGAGCAAAGUGUCGUCACAAUGACUGCUGCAAGAGGGACGAUUGGUUACAUUGCUCCAGAGGUAUUCUCAAGGAAUUUCGGGAAAGUGUCGUAUAAAUCUGAUAUUUACAGCUACGGUAUGUUGUUGCUUGAUUUGGUUGGGGGGCGGAGGAACUUCCAAGCCAACGGACAAGACAGCAGCAGCCAAGUGUACUUUCCUGAGUGGAUGUAUAACCAGCUUGACAAAGGAGAAGACAUAGCGAUCCAGAUUGAGAAAGAGGACGAUAGUGACAUAGUGAAACGGCUGAUCAUUGUAGGCUUGUGGUGCAUUCAGUGGUAUCCGGCUGACAGGCCUUCCACGAAAGUCGUGAUUCAGAUGCUUGAAGGCGAAAACAUGCCCAUCAUGCCGCCAAAUCCUUUUGCUCCUUCAAAGUCUGUGAACACCACGUCAACUUCCAGUGAGGGCUCGUUCAUUAGUGCUCAAACAAGCAUGAGUAAUGAUGGAAUGAGGUGAUGAACUUGUGACAGUAUGUGCAUAUUGUUUAGAUUUGAGGUGCUCAUUCUUUCUAUGUAACAUAAGAUCACAUUUUUACACUGUUUUUUAUAUGAUGUGUUUGGAAGUUGCAAGGCAAA